UGGAGUGAUUGUUCGGCUCUGGCGCCUCCCUCUUUUCUUUCACAUGGACAGAAGAACUUCCUGUUGACGUUCGUGCGUCCCGACAAUAGAUACUGAUACUCCAGUCCGAGUUUUUCCAGUCGUUUAGAUAGAAAAACAGAAACUAAUUCAUAUGACAGCAUCAAACUCGGAGAGCAACUAAACGGAGAAACUUCCCAUCCGCUGGAUUUAGAGUUUCACAUUUGGAGCGACUUUCCUAAGCCUUUCCGAGGAGGAAUGCCGUUCAGAUCUGUUGUCUGGGUGUUUUAGACAGUAAAUAAACCGUCUUUAUCUCGGUAUGGCGGAGGCACGAGCUGAGGAGGACGAGGAGCGUUUGCGCGAGCCCGGCGGCGCGAGACGGAGCGCAGAACAUUCGGACAGAAACAAACCGGAUCAGCGCCACUCCAGCCAAGGGCCGCUGUCCUCCAUCAGAGCUGUCAUCAAACGCAGAAACUGCGCAGCAUCGAGAACCAGCUCUCAAAGUGACCAUCAGCGGGAACGGAGACGACCAGAAAUCACCAUCCUCUCUGCUGAACCGCUGCCAUCCAAUACCUGGUUCCCAGGGGCUUCUGGGGCGUUUCCCCCAGCCCCGCCCCCUGCCCCACCCACAUGGGCUGCAGGCUCGGCAACAGUGCAGCUUCCGCCUCCCUCCUAUGAGCAGGUGAUCCGAGAAAAGAGCCGUGAACAGAAUCUUCACUCCUCCCCUUCGUCGUCUUCAUCUCCGCCUUCUCGUUUCUCUACCUCCACCAUCGCCACGCAGACGGACACGGACUCCCCCGGCCCACAAUCCUCUGCUGCUCAUUCAGUUCACAGACGCCCCAAACCCCCGCGCCCCUCACUGCCUCUCAAACACAUGUCUGAACCAGACUGCUCUAACCCGAAGCCUCGAGACGCCCUGCACGAGCAGUGUGGUGUUCAGACAGACUUCGAUGACAUCUUCGAUGACAUCAGUCCCAUAGGCCCCGCACCCACCUCCAAAACUUUCACCCAGAUCGACUUCGAUUUCCCAGCCGAGCCCAUGAAAGAGGAGCCGAGCGCACGUCCCAGACCUCGACCGCGCUCCACAGCUGCCCUGCAACCUGUCAAUCUGGACCAGCCGAUGACGAGGGAGGUGAAAGUUCAGACUCUAGUUCGUCUGAAGGAUGAUAAGGCCGAGAGCGUGUUCACCGGGUUCGAUGAUGCUCCGUUGGACAUCUCCAGCAAGUACCUGCAAGACCUGCUGGAGGUUUUUGGCUCGGACAAAAUGCAUGGAGAAAGUCAAGAAAGCAAAGUAGAAGGAGAGGAAAAUAAGGCUGCUUGCUCCGUCAUAGCAUCUGAACCGUUAGAACCGUUAAAAAGACCGCAACCACGGCCUAGAACUCAGAAAUCCAAACCCCAGCUCGCCCCAAAACCAUCUGUCUUUGAGGUUUUUGACCCUACCAUUGAGCAAAACCCCUCCAAACCCAUUAGUCCACCAGUACCAGCACCUAGAGCCCUUCUGAACAAACUCCAGAGUCCGUCAGAUGAGUCCAGAUCUUCUCCAUCCACCAGCCCUUCACCAGCCGCCCGUCCUGCCAGUGCGCCUCCAGGCCAGCAGAUGGCAGUGGUGGCAUCCAAUUCAUCUGAGAGGAGAAAUUCAGAUCAAGCUAUAAACACUCCAGUGACGUCGACCGACAGGAACGUUGGAAAACGUCCAUCAGUCCCCAAACACUCCCGGCCACCUCCACCCGUGCUCAGAAAGACGUCGUCCCCCUCACAGGCCGCUGUGGAUGUUUCCAGAGAUGCCAACGCCUCAGUUCCCUCUCUGCCUCCGAGACCCAGUGGUGGUAGGCUCCUCCCCCUUCGUCCUCCUCCAAUCAAAGUGAUCAAACCUGCAGGCUCCUCCUCCUCCCCUGCUGCGACCAAUCAGCUGCCAAGCAGCAGGGUUCCAAAGAGAGCCCCGCCCCUCCCACCCCGACCGAAACCAGGACAUCCGCUUUAUAAGCGUUAUUCUAGCAAAGUUCUUCAAGGAGAUGCAGAGGAGGAGAAUAUCAGCAAAGAGCAAGAGGAACCAUCGGAGGAAACAUCUUUCCAUGAAGAGGAGCAGCUGAUUGUCCUCGAUGAUACAGACAUCCUACAAACACAGUCAAAUACACUCCAUGACCUCUGCCCCCCAGAGGUCAAAGGUCAAGAUGUGACUGUCAGUGGGGUUCAGCUGGAAGAUGCGCCCUCAGAGCAGCAGAUCCAACAAAACACGCAAAACAGGUUUGUUGUGGCCCGUUUUGCAUUUGAGGGGGAGGAGGGGGAGCUGACGUUCAGUGAGGGUGAUGUCAUCACUCUGAUGGAAUAUGUAAAUGAGGAGUGGGGGCGUGGCAGCCUGAAUGGACAGACAGGAAUCUUCCCUCUCAGUUUCAUCCAGGCUAAAGAGGAAACUGAAGCGUUGCCAAGGAAACUGGCUCUGGAAUCUCCUGCGCCCCCUGCAGGAGGGAGGAGCAGAGGUCGAGCACUUUAUGAUUUCAACCCUGAGUGUGAGGACGAGCUCCAUCUGAAGGCAGGAGAUGUGGUUUGUGAUUUAGAGGACAUGGAUGCCGAGUGGUUCGUUGGAGAAUCCGGUGGGAAACGUGGCAUUGUCCCCAAAAACUAUAUCCAAGUGCUGCUGGACCCCUGAACACUUCCUGUCAUGUGCCUGAUGAGCGUUUCUACAUUUUGCCUUAUUUAGCUGUAAUACACUUAAAGAAGGUUAAUGACGGGAUGUUAACUUGUGAAGCGCGUGGAGAUCUCCUGUACUGUACUGACUCCAGUCUGAGUGUGUGUGUAAGUGGUCGUAUGAAUUGUUUACAGAGUUUUAACCCACAUUAAACUCAUCUGUUACAUAAA